AUGGCAGGACGUGAGAAAAUGACAAAACACAUUUGGACGAAGGUUGAAGAUGCACGAUUAGUGGAGUCUCUAUUGCACAUGGUGGAAACAUGUUGGCAAGCUGAUAAUGGAACCUUCAAGCCUGGUUAUCUACAACGUCUACUUAACGAAAAGAUCUUUAGUUGUUCCAUCGGGUUGUCAACAAUAGAGUGCAAGGUUAGAUUUUUAAAGCAACAAUAUUGUGCAAUCGUUGAGAUGCUGAGUAAUGCAUGCAACGAAUUUGGUUGGAAUGAUGAGUUCAAAUGUGUGGAAGUAGAGAAAGAGGUUUUCGAUGUAUGGGUUCAGUCCCAUCCCAAUGCGAAGGGUUUGAGACAUAAACCACUCCCCCACUAUGAAGAGCUUUCAAUCAUAUUUGGGAAGGAUAUGGCCACUGGUGAAGGCAGUGAAACCUCGUACGAUUAA